UUGUCUUUCAAAUAAAACAUUAAUUGUAACAAUGUUGUCACUACCUCUACUUCUAAUUGUUCUGUUCAUAAUUCUUCCUUUGCUUAUGUUCUUCAACAAACAUAGGACAAAUUAUCCACCUGGUCCUAAAGGCCUUCCCAUAAUAGGAAAUCUUCAUCAACUAGAUAUUUCCAAUCUUUAUAAUCAAUUUUCACAAUUCUCAAAAAUAUAUGGUCCUCUUUUUUCACUUCAACUUGGUUAUAGAAAAGCUAUUGUUGUUUCUUCAGCUGAAAUUGCAAAAGAAGUAUUGAAAAAUAAUGAUCAUGUGUUUUCUAAUAGGCCUAAAUUAUAUGGUCAACAAAAAUUGACUUAUAAUGGGUCAGAAAUUGUAUUUUCUGAAUAUGGUGAUUUUUGGAGAGAAAUAAGAAAAAUUUGUGUUGUUCAUAUAUUUAGUUCCAAACGUGUGUCAUAUUAUUCUACUAUAAGAAAAUUUGAGGUGAAGAAAAUGAUUCAAAAAAUUUCAAGGCAUGCAAAUUCUUCAAGUGUUACAAAUUUGAGUGAAUUAUUGAUUUCACUAUCAAGUACUAUAAUAUGUAGAAUUGCUUUUGGGAAAAGCUAUGAGAAUGAUGGAAAUGAGAAAAGUAGGUUUCAUGAAAUGUUGCAUGAGUUCCAAGCUUUGUUUGCAGAAUUCUUUUUUUCUGAUUAUAUUCCAUUCACGGGUUGGAUUGAUAAACUUAAAGGAUUGCAUGGUCGUCUUGAUAGAAAUUUCAAGGAGUUUGAUGAGUUUUAUCAAGAGAUUAUUGAUGAACAUUUGGAUCCAAAUAGAGAAUAUGUUGUAGAUGAGGAAGAAGAUAUUGUUGAUGUCUUACUCCAAUUGAAGAAAAAGCAUUCAUUUUCUUUUGAUUUCACUUUUGAUCACAUCAAAGGCAUCCUCGUGGAUAUGCUUGUAGCCGCAACAGAUACCACAUCAGCCACAACAGUUUGGGCUAUGACUAUGUUAAUAAAAAAUCCAAGAGUACUGAGGAAAGUACAAGAAGAAAUUAGAAACACGAGAGUUAAAAAAGAAUUUUUAGAUGAAAAUGAUAUUCAAAAUUUUCCUUAUUUCAAGGCACUAAUUAAAGAGAUACUAAGAUUGCACCUACCAGCCCCACUUCUUGUGCCAAGAGAAUCAAGGGAAAAAUGUAUUAUAAGUGGCUACGACAUUCCAGCUAAGACAAUAGUUUAUGUGAAUGCUUGGGCUAUUCAGAGAGACCAUAAUAUUUGGAAAAAUCCAGAAGAAUUUUAUCCUGAAAGAUUUUUAGAAAAUUCUAUAAAUUUUAUUGGACAAGAUUUUGAACUAAUACCCUUUGGAGCUGGUCGUAGAAUUUGCCCUGGCAUGUUUAUGGCAGUUGCAUCAUUGGAACUUAUCCUUGCAAAUCUUCUCUAUUCUUUUGAUUGGACAUUGCCACGUGGAUUAGUAAAGGAAGAUAUUGAUACAGAAAUGCUGCCUGGGAUCACUCAACACAAGAAGAAUCCUCUUUGUCUUGUUGCUAAUAUUCAUAUAUAGAUGUUUCUCUUUAUAGUAAUUAUAUAUGUUGGCUUCUUGUUUAAUAGGUUAUGUUUAAUUAUUAUUAGGCUUUGUGUGUUACUCUUUGAAUUUGGGGGAAAAUCUAGUACUAUAAAUUACUUUUGCUUCUAUCAAUGUGUUUUAAUUUAGGUAAGAAAAUAUGCAAAAUAAUUUUGUAACACAAAAAUAUGUAACAAAAAUUUGGUCAAGAAAAAUAUGCAAUUUUUAAUGAGACAAAAAUAUAAUUAAAUAUGUACGUGUCAUCUAGUUCUUUACAUAUGGAAUGGACGUAUAUAUAAGAGAGAUACAAUAAUUUAUUUUUUCUUGAGACAGAGAGAUACAAUAUUGUAACAAUGUUAUCAUUCUUUCUCUUUCGAAUAAAAUAUUAAUUGUAACAAUGUCACCACUAUUUCUACUUGUUCUGUUCAUAAUUCUUCCUUUGCUUAUGUUUAUUUUCUUCCACAAACAUAGAACACAUAGGUCCUAAAGGCCUUCCCAUAAUAGGGAAUCUUCAUCAACUAGAUAUUUCAAAUCUUCAAUUCUCUCAAUUCUCAAAAAUAUAUGGUCCUCUUUUUUCACUUCAACUUGGUUAUAGAAAAGCUAUUGUUGUUUCUUCAGCUGAAAUUGCAAAAGAAGUAUUGAAAAACAAUGAUCUUGUCUUUUCUAAUAGACCAAUAUUAUACGGUCAACAAAAAUUAUCUUAUAAUGGGUCAGAUAUUGCAUUUUCUCCAUAUGGUGAAUUUUGGAGAGAAAUGAGAAAAAUUUGCGCUAUUCGUAUAUUUAGUUCCCAACGUGUGUCAUAUUAUUCUUCUAUAAGAAAAUUUGAGGUGAAGAAAAUUAUUGAAAAAAUUUCAAGGCAUGCUACUUCGUCAAAUGUUACAAAUUUGAGUGAGUUAUUAUAUUCACUCUCAAGUACUUUAAUAUGUAGGAUUGCUUUUGGGAAAAGAUAUGAGAAUGAUGGAAAUGAGAGAAGUAGGUUUCAUGAAAUGUUGCAUGAGUUCCAAGCUUUGUUUGCAGAAUUCUUUUUUUCUGAUUAUAUUCCAUUCACGGGUUGGAUCGAUAAACUAAGAGGAUUGCAUGGUCGUGUUGAUAGAAUUUUCAAGGAAUUUGAUGAGUUUUCUCAAGAGAUUAUUGAUGAACAUUUGGAUCCAAAUAGACAACAAAUUGCAGAUGAUGAAGAAGAUAUAGUUGAUAUCUUACUCCAAUUGAAGAAAAAGCAUUCAUUUCCUUUUGAUUUCACUUUUGAUCACAUCAAAGCAAUAGUCCUAGUGGUAUGUUAUUUUAAUUCAAUUUUCUCUAUUUUUAUAUUUUAUUUAUUUUUGGUGAAUUUCUUAUACACAUCCAAGCCGUUUUUCUAAUGUAUGUACACAAAUGAGAUAAUAUUUUUAUGGGUGACGUUAACAUGUGUCUUUUGCCAUCCCAAAAUGAGUAAACAAUUUUAUUUUUUUCGUAAAAAAUAAAUUCAUGACACAUAUUUCAUCCGGUCUUAAAUAUAAGCAAAAAUCAAAAUGUGUUUAGUCUAAAUUUGAGCUAAAUAUAUUUUGAUUUUUUCUUAUAUUUAAGACCGAAUAGAGUAAUUCUUAAAAAUUCGUGUCGCAUAAAUCCAUAAAUACAUUCACAUACAAUUGGUGAAUGGCAUCGCAAUUAUUCACAAAAUAUCUCAAAAACCCACUAAGGAGGUAACCCAUCUUCAAUCUUGACCACUGAAUUAAUGGUGAAAAUGACAUUUUUGUAUGAUACCCAAGUUUUAUUUUUUGUGUAUGCUAAAUGCCACUGACGCCAGUCAUAAUUGUAUAUUUAUCGGUGAACACCGUGUUCAUAUAUAUAUAUAUAUAUAUGAAUAGUCUUAAAAAAAAAUCUUUGUUCAUAUAUGAAUAGUAUUAAACUUUGUUGGGAUAAUAUUUAUUUAUAAUAGUAGCAAAUAUAUGAACACUUGUAUUAAUAUAUAAUAUUAUUAAACUUGUUCAUAUAUAUCACACAAAAUAGACACUUGAAUUAAUAUAUGAGUAGAAAUAUAUAAACAAAAAUAUAGAUUUCCGUAAAAAUUAUAAAAAAAAAAUAUAGGUUCUCGUAUUAAUAUAUGAUUCCAGCCAAGACAAUAGUUUAUGUGAAUGCUUGGGCUAUUCCAAGAGACCAUAAUUUUUGGAAAAAUCCAGAAGAAUUUUAUCCAGAAAGAUUUUUAGAAAGUUCUAUAAAUUUUAUUGGACAAGAUUUUGAACUAAUACCCUUUGGAGGUGGUCAUAGAAUUUGCCCUGGCAUGUCUAUGGCAGUUGCGUCAUUGGAACUUAUCCUUGCAAAUCUUCUCAAUUCUUUUAAUUGGAAAUUACCACAUGGAUUAGUAAAGGAAGAUAUUGAUACUGAAACGUUGCCUGGGAUCACUCAACACAAGAAGAAUCCUCUUUGUCUUGUUGCAAAUAUUCAUAUAUAGAUGCGUCUCUUUAUGGUAAUUAUUUUGGCUUCUUGUUUAAUACGUUAUGUGGAACCAAAAAAAAAACGUUAUGUAUAAUUAUUUGGCUUUGUGUGUAUGUGUGUGUUACUCUUUGAAUAUGGAAGGGAAAAUCUAGAAUAAAUUGCUUUUGCUUCUACCAAUUUGUGAUUUAGGACAAUGUAAGUGUGCAAAUAUUUACCAAUUAAUGUAAAAGAUUAUCGUAUUUGUAGA